AUUUAACACUCAGCCACAGUCCCGUCUGUCACAGCUGCUCUGGACUUCACUCUGAGCGGGAUCAAAUCUUAGUGGCAUUAUCUCGCAAUGGAUGUGAAGCUGCUGACGGUCGUGGCUGCGCUCGUGGUGGUGCUGUGUGCGCCUCCGUCGCAGGCAAAGCCCCUCAGUCUGGUGGAGAGAUGCUACUGUCGUUCCACGGUCAAUAGCGUCCCGCGGAGCUACAUCCGAGAGCUCAGGUUCAUCCACACGCCCAACUGCCCCUUCCAAGUGAUUGCCAAGCUGAAGACAAACAAAGAGGUGUGUGUGAACCCGGAGAUCCGGUGGCUGCAGCAGUACCUGAAGAACGCUAUCAACAAGAUGAAGAAAUCCAAGCAGACUGACAACUAAAAGCUCCUGCAGAGAUCCCCCUGAGCCAUCACAUCUAUCUAACAUGUGAUAUGAGAUCAUCUGGUAUGUUGUACAGCACUUAACCCUGCUGCCACUGCAGCCUAAUGCAUGGAGUAAACCUGCAACUCUUCACCGUGAACACCGAUCCACCGGCCCUGCCGCCGUCUUCACCGUCACCACUCUCACCUUUUAUAGAGAUCGUAGAUGUUAUUAGCACAAAGUGCAAUUAUAUCUGUUUUUCUAACUAUAAUGUGUAUACUUUCUUGUCAGUGAACUCACAUUGUAAAGAUCUAUUUUUGGAGACUUUCUUGUCCUACUAGUCAUUUAGUGAAAAAGAUCAACCACAGGGUCUAAGUGUUUAAUGGGGAAAGAUGUCGGUCAGUGGGAUAAGUUUUCUCAACAACAAACGUCAGUCAGCAUCAAAGACUCCUGUGGACUGCUGAGCCAUUAGAUUAAUGAUAACUAAUCCUAAAUGUAGCAUCUGCUUAUACUUACUGUUUUUGAUUUUAAAUUGUACACAAUGACAAGCAACAAUGUAUAGUUUCUCUUCUAAAGAUAAAGGAAUGAGCAGUGCUGCAGAAUUUGCUAAGUAAUAUUUAAUGCUCCAGAUUAACUGGCACCGUGAAAGUUCAGUGGGUGCCUGCUACCCUCAGACUGAAUAUAGCAUGUUUAAAAGUUCCUCUUAAAAAUGGCAAUAACAAUGUUUUUGUGAUGGGAGUUUAGGAUGCCAAACAAGCUCGAGCAUUUCCUGAGCCGUUCUGUGGCUGUGAUUACUCGACUCUCUGUUACCCAACAUGUCUCUUUUUGUUUUUUUGUUUUUUCAUUCUUAGAGAAAAGCUGAACAUCUGGAUCCCACACACUUUUAAGUGAGCAACCAAUAAGUUGAAAUUUACUGGAAUCGUAAAAUUUUGUUACUUAACAAGAGAUGGUAAGAACAAAUCGUGACUGUUUGUUGUCUCACCAAAUUGGUGUCAAAAAGACUCAUACCAUGUUGAAUGUCCAUUUCAAAGGUGUACAGCAAUCUGAAUAACAGUUACCACAUCUGUAGCUAAAACGCUAUAUUAUAGUUGUAGUGAGAGCUGCAGUAUAGAAAGUAGUACUGGAGUAUUAUUAGUAUUGCCAUUACUGACAAUGAAUAUACAGUAUGUUCAAUGAUUACUACCUACAACUGUCAUGCAGAUAGCAAUGCACUUUAUAUCUGAUGUAUUCAAGUUUUAAUGACAAAACUUACCGUUACUCACAAAGUCUGAUGAUUAAAUUCUGUCUGUUGUCUUUAUUUUUUAUGUUACUCAUGCUGGUUCCAUUCUGUUCCUUUUGAUCAAUGAAUGUAUAGCUGCAUUUAACUGUUAAAGCCUAGGAGAGCUAUUCAUCUAUCCACACAAAUCUCCUUGUCAUAUGUAAAAUUAAUAUUAUACAAAUGUUUUAUUUUUGUACUCUUUUAUGCAUUUAUAUAUUAAAUCUAAACAUUUAAAUGAA